AUGGGUCACGCAGCCGGUCUCCGCGCGGGUACGCGCUAUGCAUUCUCGAGGGAUUUCAAGAAGAAGGGAAUGAUCCCGCUCUCCACCUACCUCAAGACCUACAAGGUUGGUGAUAUCGUCGAUGUCGUAGCCAACGGUGCCGUCCAAAAGGGUAUGCCCUACAAGGUCUACCACGGCAAGACUGGUAUCGUCUACAACGUCACCAAGUCUGCUGUCGGUGUCAUUCUCCAGAAGCAGGUCGGAAACCGCUACAUGGAGAAGCGCAUCAACGUCCGCAUCGAGCACGUCCGCCACUCGCGCUCGCGAGAGGACUUCCUCAAGCGCCUCAAGCGCAUUCCCGUCCAACCCCGUGGCGCGAGGACCAUCAGCUUGGCGGACAAUAAGCCCGAGAACAUCACACCUGUACCGUACGAGACAACGAUUUAA